AUGGCAUCUUGUCUGGCUCUGCACAUGGCGCUGCUGCUCCUCUCUGGGGUCCUAGCUCCUACAGUGCUCACAGCAGAGAGUCCCCAGGAGCCCAACCCCACCCUGUGGAACGAGCCCAUUGAAUUGCCAUCGGGUGAAGGUCCCUUGGAGAGUACCAGCCACAGUCAGGAAUUUGCAGCCUCGGGCCCUCCAUUCCCCACCUCUGCCCUGGGACCUGAGGACAACACUCCUCCUACAGGGGUGGACCAGGACGCAGGAUCGCUUGGGCCCGGAGCCAUUGCUGCCAUCGUGAUCGCCGCCCUGCUGGCCACCUGCGUGGUGCUGGCACUUGUGGUGGUGGCGCUGAGAAAGUUUUCUGCUUCUUGAAGCCAAUA